CCGGGGGAGGGGAGAGCGAGGGCGGGCGGCAGAGGCAGAGGAGGGCAGCCGCCGCCGCCACCGCUUUAAAGGCUCCCGGCGCGGCGCCGCGGAGCACCCGCGCUCCCCCGGCCAGGCGCGGCGAAGCGCGGAGCCGGGCAGCGGCGCCGAGGGGACGGGCUGCGCCGGCCUCGGCACCUCCGCCGCCGCCUCCCGCCCAGGGGCACUCGCGGCCAUGCGAGGCGGCCGCCCCCGCGGCCGCACGGCUCGGCGCUGCCCGCCGCGGCUGCCUGCCACCCCGCGCUGAGCCCAGCCGCCGCCGCCCCGCGGCACCAUGUCCCGGCGCAAGAUCUCCUCGGAGUCCUUCAGCUCUCUGGGCUCGGACUGCCCGGAGACCAGCCCUGAGGAGGAGGGCGAGUGUCCCCUGUCCCGCCUCUGCUGGAACGGCAGCCGCAGCCCCCCCGGCCCCGCCGACACCCCCUUCACCGCCGCCGCCGCUGCCGCCGCGGCCAGCGCCGGGGCGCGCCGAGCUCCGCGCCGCCGGCGGGUCAACCUGGACUCGCUGGGCGAGAGCAUCCGCCGCCUGACGGCCCCCGCGCCUCAGACCAUUCGUCAAACUCUACAAAGGACACUGCAGUAUUUUGAACAUCAAGUUAUUGGUUACAGGGAUGCAGAGAAGAACUUUCAUAAUAUAUCAGACAGAUGCUCCUAUACAGACUGCCCUGGCAAUGAAGAAACUGAAGAUGUCUCAGGAAUUCUCCAGUGUACGGCUAAUGUACUAGGUUUGAAGUUUGAGGAAAUGCAAGAAAAGUUUGGAGAGGAAUUCUUCAAUAUCUGCUUUGAUGAGAAUGAAAGAGUUCUUCGAGCUGUAGGUGGGACCCUUCAAGACUUCUUCAAUGGCUUUGAUGCUUUGCUGGAGCACAUUAGAACUUCAUUUGGAAGACAGGCCACCCUGGAAUCCCCUUCUUUCCUAUGCAAAGAGCUCCCUGAAGGCAAUCUUAUGCUUCAUUACUUUCACCCACAUCAAAUUGUGGGAUUUGCAAUGAUGGGAAUGAUAAAGGCAGCAGCAAAGAAGAUUUACCGCUUGGACGUGGAAGUAGAACAGGUCGCUAAUGAUAACUUGUGUUCAGAGGAGACGAACCCAGGUAACUGCAGCUGUCUGACCUUCCUUAUCAAAGAACAUGAAAAUGCAAAUAUCACAAAAGCACUUCCACCAGGAACUUCCCAGUCCCCUUUAGACCUGAGGAUUAGCAUCAGCACCUUCUGCAGAGCUUUCCCCUUUCACCUGAUGUUUGAUCCAAACAUGCUGCUUCUCCAGCUUGGAGAAGGUCUUAGGAAGCAGCUCAAAUCUGAUACUCAUAAAACUCUGAAAUUCCAAGACUGCUUUGACAUAGUUUCUCCUAAAAUCAGUGCCACAUUUGAAAGAGUUCUCAUGAGAUUAUCUACUCCCUUUGUCAUUCGGACCAAACUUGAGGAUUCUGGCUCUGAAAAUAAAGAUAAGGUGAUGGAAAUUAAAGGACAAAUGAUUCAUGUGCCAGAAUCAAAUUCAAUUUUGUUUCUGGGUUCCCCCUGUGUGGACAAGCUGGAUGAACUCAUGGGCCGAGGCCUCCAUCUUUCGGACAUACCUAUCCAUGAUGCUACUCGCGAUGUCAUAUUGGUUGGGGAGCAAGCAAAGGCCCAGGAUGGCUUGAAAAAACGAAUGGAUAAGCUGAAGGCAACGCUAGAAUGCACACACCAAGCCCUGGAAGAAGAGAAGAAGAAAACAGUAGAUCUCCUUAUUUCUAUUUUCCCUGAAGAAGUGGCUCAGCAGCUGUGGCAGGGGCAGCAGGUUCAGGCCAGGAAGUUCGAUGAUGUCACCAUGCUCUUCUCAGACAUUGUUGGCUUCACUGCCAUCUGUGCACAGUGCACGCCCAUGCAGGUCAUCAGCAUGCUGAAUGAACUCUACACACGGUUUGACCAUCAGUGUGGAUUCCUGGACAUCUACAAGGUGGAAACAAUAGGUGAUGCGUACUGCGUUGCAGCAGGACUCCAUAAGAAAAGCCUUAGUCAUGCUAAAGCCAUUGCCCUGAUGGCACUGAAGAUGAUGGAGCUUUCAGAAGAGGUUCUAACUCCAGAUGGCAGCCCUAUUAAGAUGAGGAUAGGCAUUCACUCAGGAUCAGUGCUGGCCGGCGUCGUUGGUGUAAGAAUGCCACGUUAUUGUCUCUUUGGGAACAAUGUCACCCUUGCAAGCAAGUUCGAGUCAGGAAGUCACCCACGCCGCAUCAAUGUCAGUCCAACCACGUACCAGCUUUUGAAAAAGGAAGAAAACUUUAUUUUUAUCCCUCGUUCCCGUGAAGAGCUUCCAGAAAACUUUCCAAAGGAAAUUCCUGGGAUUUGUUACUUCCUCGAGGUCAGAAGUGGUCAGAAGCCGCCAAAAUCCUCCGUCACAUCUGCCAGAGUGAGAAAGGUUUCUUACAACAUUGGCACCAUGUUCCUCCGGGAGACCAGCCUAUGAGGCCUGCUGCAGAUUAAAGACUUGUCAAAAAAGCACAAACCCAGAACUGGGUCAUGACAGGGGAGUCGGAGGUUCUUUCUAUUUCACUGCCUUGUUCUGAACAAGCAGUAAAAGCUCCAUGUAAUGUCAGGCAAUAAUCUUUUCAAAAGGUGGGUGACUGCUGUCAGUGAACAAAGUGAAGGUAGGGAAAACAAAAAUUAAACAAUGUACUUCCACUUCCAGAGGAAUUUAUUUCAAAAACUUCAGUCUGGCCCCUCUAUGACAAACAAAACCAAACAGAAACCCCAGCUUUCAAAUUAGAGGUUGGUUUUGUUUUGUGCAGAAAGGAUGAUGGUUCUCUGUAGAUUUGCACCAGCUAAGCAGAAUUGAGAGUCAGUUCUGAUUAUGCAUUCCUACAUUUAAUGUGUUCUUCAGUAAGGCAAUGAUGUUUUUUAACUUUAUGAACAAACAUUUCAUACAUAUACUGUAGACCUGUUGUAACCUUCGUGGCAGGAGGAACUGUAAUUCAAUACAAAUAUUGUAGGAAUUUUAUCUAUUUUUAUACAUACUUCACUUUCUGGAUAAUUACAUUCCACAUACAGUAAGCUGAGUGAGCUUAGCUUUUCAGAAGAAGCUACUCUAUAUUUCAUACAUUAUACCUAUCAAUCUUUAUUGUUAUACAAGUGGCAAGAAGUCAUUUUUUGACUUUUUUGGCACUAUAAAUAUUGAUAUUUUACAGUAAAAAACCACUUUGGUAAAUCUCUUUACCUGAUGUUUCUGCUAAGGCUUUAGAUAAGCAUUGUCUUGCUUAUAUAAAAUAAUGUUCAGUAUUUGUCUUACAGUGCUGUAUGUCCAGUCCUUCCAGGACAAUGCAAAUGAAGUGUAGAAGAUCAGUGUACUGACAAACAAAAAAAUUCUGUUCUGUGGGCCCUAUUUCCCACUAAAUUAUCAGCCAAACUGAUUUUGGGGAGAAGUCUUGGACUUUUAAAAAUAAUUUGGUCUUGGAAAAACUUAUUCUGAGGAAUUCCAGCAGACACUGGAAGAUCUCUGGAUACUGGUUUUCCACAUUUUUUUUACAGGACUUGUGCUUCUACUCCAGUUUCGUUACUGGAAAUCCCAUCUGUUUUUAAUGAUGCUCACCUGGAAAUGUCCUCUAUUGCUUGAUUGGCUGAAAGGUCCCUGCUGUAUCUAACGCAGACCAAAAACACACUGAAAAGAGGAAGGCAAUACUUUCCCAGAUUUAAUCCAAACAGCAGUUCAAGGUUUAAAUAAGUCCCUGUCAUUUUUUUUAGAAAAGGCUAAUUCUUUGCUGUUGAAAAUGAGUAUAGCUUUAUUGUCUUCAAUGAAUCCAACUAGAACAAGAUGUGGAUCUGUCCCUGAACAGGCACAUUUUCAGGCAUCUUUUAUUUCUCAGGUUUUUCUGUUCAAAAAAGUGGCAGUCAGUGUUCCUCUGCAGGUGAACUUUCUUUAGCAUUGUACUGAAGCGGGCUGAUGUUGUUCUGCUCUUGCAGAUCACAAGUUAACACUUGUGCAGUGACCCCAAAGUGACUUAGCUUUAUGUGGGCCGGGUCAAAGCUCACUGAAAUUAAAGACAGGACUCUGAACAGUACUAGAAGGUAUGAGAAACUCCGCAUUUCCGUAAUUGAGACCAGAAAUUAGGGUUUAAUUAUGGAUUUAGUAGUCAUAAUUGAGGCACCUUUUGAAAAUAAGUAAAUAACUUCUGCCAUGUGUCCAAAUUAUCCAGUUAGAUGUUUCUGUGGAGGGAAUGGCAGUGCUGUAUUUCUCCUCUUUGGCCAGUAGCCCAUGUUAGAGUGAAAACAAGUCAGCAUGGCACUGCUAGCCUGUGCCGAACAUGUUUCAGGCUUCCUUUCCACAAAGCUUUUUUGGAUGAGAAAGGACUAUCUUGAACCUAUACCAACUUCAGCAGGCAGAGAACAUCUGAACUUAUGCAGGUGUGUUGUGGUUCCCCCAAAGAGGGAAGAUGCAUGGGAAUUAGCCCAGAAACUUACUUAAGUGGAAUUUUCCUUGCUUUCUAGAGAAACACUGGUCUUAAAAGUUUAUUCUGUUGAUAUUAGGGCAUCCUUGGGAUUGGAGAAGUUAGUCUUUUAUCUACCUUGAUAAAGAAGCUCUCCAGCUCUACUGCCUAUCUGGAAAAUGACUUAACAAAAAAGCUUUAGGUUGCAGAAUUUCUAUCCAAAUCACAGAUCUGAGAAUUUCCUGCAUAGGAUGACAAGUUUUAUCCUAUAGCCAUUGGUUUGCCCAUAUACAGGAUGUAGCAUGCAUUUUUUUCCUGGGAACAUCACUAAGACUUGCAAGAAUAGUAAAUGGAGCAAAGUUCAUAUUUCACCACUGGAAGAGGAAUACCACUUCCUAACUAAUAAAGCUGUGGUAUUGAUGUCAUUACUUAGUUCCUCAGAGUAAAAAUUUUCCAAAUAGCUAUAAAUAGAUUGAGACUUCAUUCUGACUUCACUGGCACAUCCUCAUUGUUCAGAGAGUACCAGUCUCUCUGGCCAAACUCUUUUUCUCUUCUCACCAGCCAUAGUCCUUUGUGAAGAGAACAAACAUAGAAGUUCAAACCAAACACUUAUAGCUCAAUAACUUGUCUCUCACAAUUGCGAGUAGGAAAUGUCUAGGUUAAUUCUGUGGCUGAUCUUGGUAGAAAUAUGGAAACAUUUUAAUGAGAAAUUAUGGAUAAUUUCUAAUUGGAGAAGCAAUCUAAAAAAUGUCGUGAUGCCAUCCUCAUCCUCUCAAGUGACUGUUUAUUCUAUAAGGAAAUUUAUAAUCACAGAACUCAGUGCAAAAUCUGAAAGUCAGUGUCAGCAUCACCAUGGAGACAAUGACAGUGUUUGCAAAUAAAUCAUCUAGCUCCCCAAAUUAGUGUAGAUUUACUGUAUAAGAAUAUACACUCUCUGUUUUUUACAAGCUUGUUUAAAGGUAAUGUGUCCAGAACUUCAGUGCUGAUACUAAGUAUUGUGUUAUUUGUUUCUGUGUUAUGACAAGGGAAGUUAAUAAAAAAAUGUGGGCUCUCUAGGGACGUUUUUCUAUCAGUGUGAAAAAAGUGUAAAACAAAUUCUCAGCACUUUUUAACUUAGUAGUUGCAUCUGCUGCCUUUAGUAUUAGGUGGCAAGUUUAUUUUGUUAGAUGCCUUUAUGAAGUGUAAUGAAAUUUAUUGUCAAGGUUGAUGCUAUGAAGUCAAUUACGUGGUAGUCAGACUCGACAUUUCUUCAACAACACUUACUUUUAGUGACAGGGAAAACUGUCAUUUGCCUGGCAUUGUUUUCAUAAAUAAAAAGGUUCUCAUAGUUUUUAUACCUUGGACUGAUGAAUUAGAGAGUUUAGAGGUGCUGAAAUGGAUCCAGAAAUCACAUACUGUAGUUUGAAUUUUUUUUCUGUUAUUUUCCUACCUAUCAAACAGAUGAUCUUUUGUUCCUCUGAUUAGGAAUUUACACACUAGUGUUUCUUCACAUAGCUGCAAGUGGCAACAUCUGCCAUCUUGGGUUUCUGUAUGAAACAAAUUCACUCUCUUUGAAGACAGAGGGAGGAGAUUCACUGCGUAUUGCCUGUACAUGGCAAAGGAAGGACGAUGUGAGGACCCCAGCUGGGGUCAUCAGUCUGUUUGCUGCAAACUUGUUCUGUGCAGCUUCCCUCUGCUCCAGGCUCAGAGGGACCAGAGACCAUCGACUGACCACAGAGGCAGACCCAGUGGCCAACUUCUUGUACAAAAGUCAUGAAGUUUAAGUAAACAGAGGCAACAGUCAUUCCCCCAGAGUAAUUUUUACAGAUCUUGUGCCAAAUUUUUUCAUCCGCUUGAAGUUCCCCAUCACACAGUCUCUUCUGUGAUGCAGUGCGCAGAGGUCAGGAACUCAGAGUAAGAAGGAAAUAGUGAUGGAGGUGGUAGACUGGUAAAUAAAUCUUGUUCUACAUCACUCUGGUAAUAUCUGCCAUUCAAAAACAAAAGCCACUGCACAGGGGAAUUGCUGCUAAGCCAAGACUCUCAAAGUGCGGUUUUCUUGCAGGAUCUCAUGGAAUACUUCUUUUUCAACUCCAAAGAGCCAAUAGUCAUUAACUGUGGUUGUGGUUUUGGCUUCACUUCUCAUUCCCACAUCCAGUUUCAGAUCUGAGUCUGUUUCAAAAGGCACUUCGAAGCCUGGAAACAUGCCUCUGCAAACAGAAAACCAAAGCUUUUAAAACCUUGGAAAUCUUGUAUGGGAAUCGCCUGUUCUGAAGCAGAAACCCUUGCAGUUGAGUCAUUAAAAGGUCCUACUGCCGUUCACAUGUGUGCAUAUGCCAUUUCACAGUGCUAUCUCCUCCUGUGCUUACAAUGUUCCCUGCCAAGCCUAGCAGAGGUGUCAGGUGUAUAACCACGUUUUCUCUGUUUUCCAUUAACAUCUUUCAUUUUUUUUCUGUAUAAAGCAAGCAGUGCAGGACCGUGACAUGUUGCAUGCAUUUAAAAGUAUCAUAGCACUGCACUGAGGCUUAAACUCUCCUAACCGAUUUCGGAUUCUAUAUUUCUUCCUCUGAAUAGAUCCUUCUCCCAGAUCAUUUAAAAAUGGGGGAAAAAAAUACUACCCAAAAAUGCUGUGUUGAAUUGCAAAUGAGUAUGGAACUUGCAUGAGGUGUUAGGGGAAGCUGAAGUGCUGGGCAGCCUUCAGGUUCGUCAGCUGCCACAAACUGUCCACAUGUACAUGCUUCCCGCAAACUGUCCUGCCAAGACGUCUGUAAUCCGACAGCAGCACUGCAAAUUUAUGGCAUUUUGUGGGUUUUCCUCUUCCAGUUUCAGGCCAGUGCAUCACCUCUGCUGAGUGCUCAGAGCUCACUGAGUAGAGCUAAUUCCCUGUCUUAAAUGUAGUCUGAGAGCCUCUGGCUUUGCUUUUGGGUUCUGGUGAUCUUUUGCAAAAUUAUACAUGUGAAAUAUUGGAAAUAGCCACAUGCUUAAAUGGUCAACAAAACGAGAAGCGUAAAAAAGCUUGUCAAAUUCAGAAACGGUUCCCUUUCUUCAGGGUAAUAUGUCAUUCAUAGGACUUUACUGGGAUGAAGGGAAGAUGCUGAGUGUGCAGGAGCAUGGACAGGCAGGAGCUGAUCAGCUCCUGCUGCUGCUCAUGGCUCCAUCACCUUACACAAUAUUUCCUGCUCUUGGUCAGGCUUCCACUCUUCAAAACUUCUACUUUCCUUCCUUUAGCACCUAGUAUGUGACACAGAUGGCGAGUGAUUCCUCUUAUUGUUCUUAUUAGGAUCUGUUGUUGACAUGGCUGCUUAAAUCUAAAGAAUAACUGGGAUUAAAGGGCUGAUCUUACUCUUCUUUGUAGCAGAGACAAAACUGUGAUAGUGACAUGGCAGGCACUCACAUCCUGAGAGAGGGAGAAGACCGCAGUGCAAGUUGUCGAGUGAAGAAGUCUACAUUAACAGUCCAUGACAUGUUUUUAACUUUUCCAAGCACUAAAUUUAUCCAUGCAGCUAGGAGUUACUCCUUAACAAUAUCACUAAUUUGCAAUGCAUGAGCUGCCUUACAACAAAAAUCUGUAAACUGUUUAACCUCAUACACAUGACUGAUCUUUUGUGACUUGGAUAUUAUUCACGCAUGAAAGCAAGCGAAACAAUGAAACUGGGAAUGUAACAAUUCAGUCAUCGGUGACAGAUCAUUCACCUCCGUAGAUGCUUACUUGUUCCUGUGGCUUAGGAAAGUUGACCUCCAGUAAUCUGUGGUCUGGGUUAGUAUUGCUGUGUCACUAUAGCAACUAAAUGGCCUCUGAAAAACAGCAUGAGGCAUCUCAGUCUGCUUCCCUGUGGGCUGGGGUUCACAUCAGAGAGGCCGAUGCAGUAAGUGAUGCAAAGUGAUGCAUCAUUAACAAAAGGAUCAGUGGAGACAGAUGUUAAACAGGCUGUUUGCUCCAGUGAUUUUUAGUUUCCAAAGGCAGGGUGAAGCUGAACGUGUUUUAUUUUGGAUAAAAAGAGAAGAGACAGGAUUUCAGAGAAAAAAGUAUCUUCCCUCCUUUGUAGCUAUCAGAGAGGCAGUGGAGUGAAAGGGCAUCAAGAGGGACAUGCUGGCUGCCCCGACUGCAGCAAUGCUCACUUCUGCCUUCAGCUCCUGGCCCACUUCAGCUUUAGCAUUCCAAGAAUCAAGUUUCCUCUGAAGACUAGGGGACAAGUAAGUGCUUCAGGCACUUGUCCCCUCUGCUCUAAACACAGCGUGAGGCUGCCUAAAUCCGUGAGCAUGCUUAACUUUCUCAGUGACCACAGAUGGCAAACUUAGACUCGACAUCUAUUUUUUAAGAUGGCCAAGAAAAGUGAGAUUGAUCCCACUGAAUUAAGCUCUUGCCAGUCCAAGUGCUGUGUCUUAAAUCUUUUAGUCUGUGCUGCUUUACACAGUUUUGCAUUGGCCAAAACAAAUUCAAUUAAACUAAGUGACAAAGGGAUAGAUAAGCAUAUUCCAGGGUAAAUAAAUGUUUGAUAUGGUAGCCAUAGUGACUGUCAAGAAUAGGGGCUAAUGCAGUUCAGGAAAUCUCUUCCUUCUGUUGUCUGAACCCUUUACAUAUAUCAGCACUGCCAGUCACAACUCCUGGAUGUUGCUAGGACUGGGAUUUAGAAAAGCUUUUGAGCUUCUAGCCCAAUUAUACAAAACUUCUGUGCCAACUUCACCUGAAGUAUAUACCAGAAUGCCUACAUAAACUUUAUUAUCAUGUGGUAAAGAUGGUAAUAAAAUAUAUAAAUUCUAAAGAGCAGAGAGAUGGUUGUCAGUUUAUCAUUAAUAUACAUUUUAUGCACUUCUGUGAAUUUGCAGGCCCGAAAUUAACUUUCCAUUAUCAGAAUGUCGCGCAUUGAGCUAUUUGUUUGCUAGCAAUACUCUAUAAUGACUAUUCUUGAAGCAAUAAGUAAAGCCAUGCUAAUCCUUCCUGUGUAGAUUCUUGUACAACACCUAUCAUGUUAACAAACUACAUUUCAGAAGAACAUCAAAUGACAGAAUAACACCCUGUCUUGUAUGGUUUCUCGAUGAUCCUUGUGGGUCCCUUCCAACUCAGGACAUUCCAUGAUUCUAUGAGAUGUGUUGCUGUAAGCAUAUGAAUGCUCUGGUCCACAGUGGUGAUGAGGCUCAUUACCCACCUUUAUAAUAUUCUGAGGGAUUCUAAUGGAGAAAGAACUGCCCAUCCAGAUCCAUUCAAUUUCCUCAUCUACUGAGUAAGUGACAAGCUGACUCUAAGAUUUACUUUCUCAUUACAUCUCUGUCAAGUCCCACAUACAUGCAGUGGUUAUAUGUGUAAGCAUUCCUUUCCAGAAACUUCUCACAGGUCCUGCAAAAUGUAUAGGUAAGAAGCAACAAAGCAUCUGAAGAAACUGAAGUAUGUGUGUAGGAAAGAGCUACUGUGCGUAGAUGUGCUGCUGAUUCUCAGCUUGCUUGCAUUUGGAAGGUGGAUGACCCAGAGAGUAUUCUGGGUAUGAUGCAAAAUAGAAGGUUGUGCUGUAUGUAAUGUCUUGAACUCUCAAGGCAAUAGAAUGGGUUUUAGAAUCCAUAAUCCUUAGGAUUUUAGUGGAAUUUCAUGAGAAGUACACUAUUUUAAGAGGCAGGAAAGUUGCUUUGUAUUUAAUAGGAGUUGAAUCUGUUGUUGCAGAGAGAAAUUGUGGGAGGAAAGAAAGUCUAAAAAUUCUAAAUGCAAAAUGCAAAGAAGAAUGUCCCUGCAUCAUUUGAAUUUUCUGGAGGUAGGACUCAGAAUUCCUCUAUGAGUUAAGGGAGACCUUAUCGCUGUCUAUAACUACCUGAAAGGAGGGUGUAGCAUGGAGGGUGUUGGUCUCUUCUCCCAAGUAAGAAGAGAUAGGACAAGAGGAAAUGGCCUCAAGUUGCACCAGGGGAGGUUUAGGUUGGAUGUAAGGAAAAAAUUCUUCACAGAGAGGGUUGUGAAGCUCUGGAACAGGCUGCCCAGGGAAGUGGUGGAGUCAUCAUCCCUGAAGGUGUUUAAAAGGUGUAUAGACAUGCCGCUUAGGGACAUGGUUUAGUGCUAAAGUUAGGUUAUGGUUGGACUCAAUGAUCUUGAGGGUCUCUUCCAACUGAAAUGGUUCUACAUUUCUAUGAUUCAACCAACAGUUGUUUACAGUUAAAUUCAAAGACAGCCGUAUUUCACCAAGCACCUUCUGCAAAAACACCAAGAUGAUCAUGUUAGGUAAGGCCUGUAUUUAACUGAAUUCAUUUAGGGUGUAUUAAGAGAUCCAAUGCAUCCCAAUGCAAGGCUGUAAAUGCACUUCCUAAGGUGUCAGCAUUGUGCCUUUUAAUGAAGUCUAAAGGAAGCCCAGUCUAGUCAAAAUUCCCAUCUCAAUACGUGGCAUUUAGAUUGCGUCUCUAGAAAAUUAGCAGUUUAAAUUGAAUUCUUUGAUGCUGAAAUAUUGCUUAUUAUCCUUAUGUCCCAUUAUGCCCAAGUUACACUGUGACCCAUUAUGCUCUAGGGCACCAAUGAGUUUGGCAAUUCCUGUAAGACUGAGUGAAAUUCAGCUAACCUAAAUUUAAGUAUUUAAAUAUUAUGUCUUGUCUGAGCUAGUAAAGUCAGCUCCCUCUGCAGUCAGUGCAGAUGCCUUGGCACCUCAAAGGAUGAUCAUUCCCGGUUAAAGUGUUUAGGAUGAGAUAAAUCAUUGCCUCUCUCCCCCAUGACUACAGCGCAGAGGUGGAGGACUAGUUCAGAUCAGUUGCCAUGCUGUAGGCGAGAUGAAUUCCACUGCUGGUAACAAUGAGAGGAUGUAAUAGGACAUAACAGCAAAUAUACAUGGAGAGAAACACAUCAGGGGCAGGGGCCAGGCUGCAACCAGAGAUUCAAAGGGUUUUGGUGGUAAAAUCAAUAAUAUUUAAUAUUUGGGAGGUCUGGCUAAGAGAUUUAUCCUAACUAAAAGAAUAUUCCUUUUGACUAGAAGUUAACAGUCUGUGAUUAUUUCCAACUCCCUACUUCUGAGCUAAGACAGUACUAGUAUGCCACUCUUACAGGCUUCACCAAGAGCCAUCACCUUAUUUACUGCUUGAUUCCUUCUGUGACAGUUAGCACAGUCCUACUUAAGGAGUCCAUCCCUCCUAGGGAUGAAUACCUGGUUUUGUUAACAUUGAAAUGACUGAUUUUCCUCACCUUUCUUUUUUUUCUGAAACAGUAUAUAGGUCAGUCUCUGCAAUCACUUGGGAAAGAAGAGGGGAGCCAAGAGGGAAGUGCUGGCCAAUCUUCUCCCACUACAAUCAUAGUUACUGAAGCUUUUGUCUGACCCAUGCUAAAUUGUACUUGUAUUAUUAUGCACUUGGAGCACCCAGAUUCUUUGACAGGGUCUUGGGUCAGGCUGUGAACCAGAGGCAAGUGGGAAGGACCAGGGCUGCCACUCUGCUAUACUGCUCCCAUACUUCCCUCUUCCAUUUGCAAUUGCCAUUCUGACCCUUAGACAUCUGUGGCGAUUUCCACCGCAGUUCUGGUUAGGGAGGGCCGUGGGAAAGUCCUUCUUGGGAAGAAGCAAUCAUACACAGCCCCCCACACUGUGAACUGCUGCCCUCUCUAGAGAAAAAGAAUUAGAAAUAGUAUUGUCCUCAAGAGCUGAGAAAACUUGCAGAUUUUCCAUGUACAGUAAACAGUUUCUAUAAUUAACAGGAAAACAAAACAGAGAGGCGAAGUUGUGCAGCGGAGGCGUCUCAUCUCAUACACACUGCUGUGAUAAUGAAAUCCAAACCCUGAGGAAUUGCAGGCACAUUAUGCUCACUUGCUUUAAAGGUCAGCUAAGAAGCUAAUUUCUCAAAUGGGCUCAUAGCUCUGAGACAAUGUAACACUAGUAGUUUCUUCCAACAAACUGCAGUUGUCAGAGAAACUGGAUUAGUAGCUCAUGGAGCUAAAAAUACACAUUGUGUGCUUGCCAGAGAAGGAUGAAUUCAGUAGCAGAGGUGAACACAUAUCAAAAUAUCAUAACAUCUGGAGAAAAUGCAACAAAAAAAUGCUCAACUCAAAGCAAGUCACCCAUAAAAUGAUAUCAAAAAUAAUCUGAAUCACUAACAGGAAUGACAGGGUUUAGUCUUGAUUCUGUUUUAUUUACCUUCCAGAUGAGCUUGCAGUUGCUGCUUUAUCAACUGAAUCAUUUUGGCCACAGUCCUUUCAAAGUCAUGUACCUCAAGUUAGGCAGUGAAAGUCAUUAUGCUAAAUGAAAAAGAAGGGUCUUUGGCUUAACAUUUUUAUCUUCGGGGUGUGUGUGGGGGCGUGUGUGCAGAUAAUUUAUCACUAAACUUACUCAACUGAAAAAUAAAACUAAACUCCCAAAGCCCAAAUCUAAUACAAGAGCUACAGUGAAAGCAACUUUCCAAACCUCAGCAUCUUUACUAAAAGGUGGAUAAUUAUUUUUCCUUAUAUCUUACAUUUGCAUUUUAAAGAAUUCUCUUUUAUGCUGCAAUUUUUCGAAGUUGUAUUGCUACUUAUUUGGAUGUAAAAAAAUAUACCAAAAUACUUCUUUAUUCUUUUUCAGUUAAUUAUUUUCCAUAGCAGAGCAAUUCUACCAUACUGUGUAUGACCUUGAAGGAACAGCAAUCCACUGCAGAUAGGGAGCCUCAGGCUAUCUGGUCAAGGUGAAAAGUUCUAAAAGGUACAGGUUGGGUCUCAGCUGAAGGCAAGGCUGGCAGUGGUAGCAUGCAGUUUGUACUAUGGCUUAAGUAAUUAUUUUUACUUUUAUAUUCAGAAGCAGACCUAUAUGUAGAUCAGGAAUAAUCUGCACCACUUUCUUUAUAAAUUAUUUCUGUAGUAUGUGUAUUUUCUGCACAUCUUUUAUAAAAUCUCUGCAUUUCAGAUCUGAGGCAUUGACAAGUGUAGGGUAUAGAUAAUAUGAUGGAAUCAGAUCACUGUGAAAACUAUUUGAAAAGUAUUUAUGCUUAUAGUCUUCUAGGUGUCUUAUAAGCUAGAGUCCUUUUUGCAGAUUCUGUUCUUGUAGAAGCCUUUGGUCUAAGAGAGGUCAGGAGUAACCUUGCUUUUGGGAUUUAAUUAGAAUCAAUAUCAUUUAUCUGGCAUUCACUGUGUACCAUUAUUGCUGCAAUGUUAAUGUUCAGUUGUGAAAUAGAAAUGUCAGGAUAAGCAGCACAGGCAAUUAUCUGCAUUGCACAUCCUACACAUUAUGCACACAUUUCGUGGUGUACUUUGUAUUUGAUAGAACAUAAUAUGACUGGUUAAAUAUGUAGAAAAAUAGUUAGGAAUAAAAGCAUACAAAAUAUGUGGACACUGCUGUGUCUGAUAGCUAUCUUGAGAUAUUAUGGAUAUAUUAUCACCUACUCUUUGGAUUGCUCUGAAGCAAAUCAUGCUUCUUUGGCAUCCAUCCUUGCUUUUGUGAGAGGCAUGGUCAUCAUCAUCCUUUUUGUUGUUAAAACUCAGUUACAUUAGAGCCCAGAGAUUAAUAACACAGGAAUUUUUCAGUCGAGUAUCGUAAAAGAUACUACUGUGGUUUGGGUUUUUUUCCUUAAUAUGGUGGGCUUCACUGCUAGGGCUGACUCUACAUCCCUUCUUGAUUUGAUUUUCACCUUUUCUAGCUUAUUAAAAUUCUGCAGUUCUUCUUUACAGGAUUCCAUAGUGUUUUGAAGAGGCUCUGUGUAGUCUGGUUGUGCCGUCCACUGGUGCAGCACACCAACGUUAAUCUGUUUCAGACCACUGUCCUGGAGAGUCCUGUCAGUGUUUCACAGCCACAAGUAUUCCCCUUAUUCUUCUUGCCACUUUCCUCUGUGCCUAUGGCCAGCUAUAGAGAAGAAACUGAAUGCUACUAAGAUUCUUCUGGUGGUUUAUGUUUGUUUCAGUGAGAUAAAUUCAUUAUUAGGAUAAACUUCUGCAAAACAAGCUAGUGUUAUUAGCAUGAACUUGACAGCCUGAGUCCAUCAAGUCAUAGUUCAGUCUCUUCCCAAAGCCUUUGAGAACAAAUUGAACUUUGCAGGCAAUAUCUCGCCUAGAAGAACUGAUAAGAAUUUUCCAGUUAUCUGUCACUGUGAUCCUAACUCUCCCAUGUGAUGGAAAACACAUGAAAUUCAUGAAACGAUGAAUGGAAAAUCUCAUACUUCUGAUACUUGUUUAAGCCUUUCUUCCGGAGCCUGCUGAAAUGUGAAACUGGUGAUUUAACUGGCAGUUCAUUCAGGGUCAUCUUCAUUUCCUCUACAGAUAACCCUAGAGGAUAACUAAUCUUUGAUUACUUAGGGCUGUAUCUUUCAGCUUUUCCCUUUUAUUUCAAUGUUGCCAAAGUAAAAUCUGAGGGCUAAUUCCUGUCUAAGAUAGUCAUAAACAUCUCCAAUAAUAGACAUACGUGAAGGUCCAUUGUAGGUAUGUCUAAAAAACUCGGAUUGUAGGAAGAUGGAUGCUCACCUGAGUUCAUGAUGCUCAGUUUUAGGAGUGGGAAUUUUUAGUAAGAGUUAUGAGCCACAUAUUGGUGAUCUGUCAUUUAAUGAGAGCAGAACAAAGAGGAGCAGUACAGUGCAGUUUCAAUAUCAGCUUUAUGAAUGCUGAGAAUUGCUGCUUGUCUUGUUUCAAAUUUCUCUGUUUUGCAAUAAAAAUUGUGUUAUCGAUAAAAAUAUUUGGUACUUUUUAAGUGUGAAGACCAACCACCUCAAAGUCUGCACUCCUGUGGAAAUGGACCAGUCUCCCCUGGGUGAAAGGCUUCUUUUGUAAUUCUUCAGUAUUUUUUUAGUGUGUUCUAUAAAGCUUCUUUGAAGAGACUUGGAUUUCAAUUGUUCAAGAAUUGUGCAUUAAGCAACAAGAUUACAAGCUUGCAUUAUCAAUAAAUGAUGCUUAGCAUUAAAAUAAUAUUGGCUGUCACUAAGUAAUACUAGAGCUCUAUCGAGGUUUAGAGCACUGUGAUGUUUGUGAAUUGAAGCUGUUUGUGUAAAAUUUCUUACAUAUAUGAGGAUAAUCUAAUUAAUCCAUUUUAGUAAUAUGCAGAGGAGUUAAGGUAGUGUCCCUAGACAUUUCUGUCAACAUAACGGUUAAGAAAUUAUAGUGCUAUGUAAAUAUGAACAUUAUUUUAAAACAUCAGCCUGCAAUCUACUGGGAAGGGAUGUGGCAGGUUAGAAUUUCGCUGUGAGCCAGCACGGACAGAAAAGCUCAGCAGAGCAUGUAAGCCAAGAUCUUCCCACACUGAAACCAUGGGAGUAAUUGCAAAAUUGAGUCUAGUUACUUGUCCUAGCUGUUCAGCAAAGGAAUCCACUUGCCAACAGAAGCAGAGCCCAUACAAACUAUCACAUGCUGCAUUUUGGUUUUUUUUAUUGGGAUUCAUUUGGCAGUCUGAGUGAUCUGAAAGUUACAGUAAGUACCUCUGGUUGAAAAUUACUAUUUCAGUUAUGAUUGCUUCCCCAAGCCAACUGAAUUUAUUACUAACCAAAGACUUAUCUACUUGAAAACAAAACAGUGAAGUUUGGUUCUGUCAUUUAUGUCUUUGACUGCGAGCAGUUGAAGUGCAUAAUGUAUGUACUAGUGAGGCCUGUGUUGUGUCAUUGAGCAAGAGUUAUUCAAGGUUGCAGCACCAGUACAACACAUCAGAAUUCAGUAUUUAUCCCUCUAUGGGAACGUGAGUCUAUGUAACAUAUUGGUGUGCCAUAUGUAUAGGCCAUUGGAAAAUUGUGUGCGCAGUGAACUACAAAUGGUCUUAAAAGCUUUAACAUUUGUACUGCUCUUCCUAUAACAGAAUGUGUAUCUUGAUAGCUGUGACCUAUGAGCUUAUGAAGAAAAAAAAAAAGCAAACUGAAGUUUCUUCUUCUUGUUUCAAAGUCACUGUUUUGUGAGUUACUGUGUACAUAGACCUCCAUACAGUGAGGGGUCUUUUUCCAUGUGUUGCUGGGAAAUGGGAAAGCAGAUGCUGCCUGUAAAUCUUGCAGGCUAGAGAGAUCAGCAAAUGCCUUUCCUGAAUCUCCUUCUGAUAAGCUGUUUCUUUUUUUCUAGCAAAUGCAAACAGUGCCAAUAGCCUGAGCCUUCUUUAGAAGAAACAAAUUGUUUGUUCAACAGCCUUGUUCUGUUCAGCUUCUAUUGAUACUUCUUAAUUUUCUGCUUCCUUUUGAGUAGGCUUUGGUGAUAUGUUUCUUGCAAAGUGUAACUGAGGGCAAACAGUUUGCCUUUUUUGCCCUUCCUUGUUCCAAAGCCACUGAAGGCCUCAAACAAGAAGAAGAAACUUUACAAAACUCAGGCAGGCAUGUUGUUAAGAGAUAGCAGAAGGAUAAAAUAGCCUUCUAAGAGUACUCCAAAUUACCUUUUAAUGGCGUGCCUGCACUGUGUUGUGACUUCACAUCUUGCUUUUGUACUGUGGUUUGCUAUAAUGGUGUUUGUUACAAUGAGGUCCUUUUAGUUUGUCCUGAAAAAUUUUACUUGUUUGUCGCCAUAUAAGAAACAUAAGGUACACUCUAUAAGAAAAGCAAUAUACAAUAUACUAUACAUCUAUUUCAAUGCCUCUAGUUUUAGGCUAGUACUCAUAUAAAUGUUUAUACUCAAAAUACAAGUUUUAUUGUUCUUCACAGGGCCAAGCAAAGCAGUUUAGCCUUGUCUAAAUACUAACAGUUGUCUAAAUACUAACAGUAACAUUUAUAUUCAACAAAUACUCUUUUCUCAUGCUUCUGUUUAACUUGUGGUGGGCUCCAUCCUAAUCUGACUCCACAUUAAUGCAUUUGAAAGGGAAAAGUAAUGAGCUGUUUUAGUGAAUGACCUUUGCACAGAACCUGAUUCAUAAAGAUAACUAGAUCCAAAAUCUCAUUUAUGAGUUACUAGCAAUCAGCAAAACAACAAAAAACCCCUUUGAAGUUCAGCUGUAUAAGUUCUGAAGAUCUUGCAUUGCUUACUCAGUUUCGCAGUUUCUUGAGUCAUUAUAACAGACAUGUUUGAUUAAGCCUUUGCCAUGGACACUGGCACCAGCCUUCAUCAAGGAUUGUUCUAAUUUCUGCUUCCUAUUUUAUCUGGAAGGAAUUAUCUGGAUUAAAGAAAAAAAAAAAGUCAUAUAGGUUUCCUUCAAGUCACUUCUCACCUUAUUUGACCCAGUUAUUUGGUGGGUAGCUCACAUUAAUUAUUUUAUUGUCAUAUUAGUAACACAAUAUACAGAAAAAGGUUUCUCUAGGGAAACUCCAUGGAAUAACAUUUUGUUCCUAAUUGUGACCAGGAUACCUCUGUUACAUAUUUUAGAGCUAAGUCACUGAAGAGGCGAUCAAAGAAAACAGAAUAUUAAGACAAAUCCUGAAAUUUUACACACAGGAAAUGUGUGUACUUAGUUAAAAAAAUGGUACAAUAGAGAAGUUAGUAAGUUAUUUUUUUCCUCAUUAAAAUCUGCUGAUACACAUAACAAUUGCUCAAAAAUAUCUGUUUCUUCCCCCACACUCUCAUUUGAAGUCAACAGAGCUUAAAAUGAAAACUAAACAAAAAAGUUAAUGUUGUAACAAAGGUAUGUAAUUCAUUGGGUUUCAUUGACAGAACUUGGUUUCCUAAGCACUGCAAUAACAUGAUAAGAAGAGUGCCAGCUCAGUCAGUGUCAGGUGUACAAGAUGCCAUCCACAGUCUAUUUAUUAUUAUUCUCUCCCCCUUUAAAGUGGCAAAAAAAAAAAAAGUUUAAGUUGGUGUCUUUGCAUUAGUUGAGUUCUCAGUUGUUAAGACUGCAUCAAAUAGUAUGUUGCAAACUUGCCUUCCCAUGCUACCACAUGAAAGAGUAGCUGCUUGAUCUCUUUUGUGGUAGGUUUUUCUGUCUGUCUGGAAUUUUCUUUAUGCCUCUUCAACCAUAUCUAUACUUCCAUUUGGACCACCCAAUGUCUUGAAAUCCUGGAUAAAAGGCCAUACUUAACAUGUUGCAGAACAAUUCUGUAUCCCAGGUGAGAAGAGUUUUGUAAGAAUACGUCGGGUUUACUGCUAUGGGCAGACCAACUUUGAAAGUGCACUGGACUCAUCUCACUCCGUAGAGGUGAUGUGCAGAGGCACAACACAUGCUGAUAUUUUGCUCAGGUAGUGCAGACACAUGGUCAUGCAUUGCAAUCUGGCAAAAACAGUAAGGAAAAACAUGGAAGUUGCAGCAUUUGGAAUUUCAGAUGUUGGCAGGAGGACGUCAUUGGGACUAUCUACUCUGCUAUUUCAUGAAAUUUCUCUGGAACAGUAAGAAAAGAAAAAAAAAAAAGAGAAGUGAGGGGGAUUGUGAGGUUGAACUCAUUUGUCAACUUCAUGUUCUCUUAAACCUUCUCCUUUGCUAUUGCCACAUGUGGAGCCAACACCAUUCAAAUACAUUGGUCAACACUGAUCAUUCUUCUCCUAUGAGUCCUAUCCGAGUUUCCAUAGGUAAAUUUUGUACUGAGUAGCUAUAAUACUGCCAUGGGGCAGGAGGUUACUGUCCUUUUUAAUAACCAUUGUUUAAAGAUUCAUUGCUGAAAUGGUCAAUACCCAAAUGCCCUGCUGGGACUUGGCAGGUAGGGUUCACUUUCCAGUGAGGUUUUGUAGUAGGAACUUUGAAUGUUAUUGUAAAUCAGGACUGAUCUGUGGUGGUCCUAAGUCUUCACAAAUAAAGCUGAUUGUUACAGCACAGGCAAAACCUUUGUCUGUGCUGCCAUGCCAGAAGCACGGUGUUCUGAACAAUUGCAGACUUCCUGCCUCCUGAAAACCCUUGUAAAAUGAAACCAUAUGACUCUUCCUAUGGCUAAUGGGAGUCUUUGUUUGGGCUAAAAGUCUGCAAAGAGCAUUGAAACCAUAUCCCACACUCCUUGCUGUACAAAACCAUCAGUGGUCUGAUUCUGCAAGUGUUAUAUUUGCUGGGUAAUGCUCAGUCUGUAAACAGAACCGUAGUCUGGCACGUCGAUAUGUAACACAUUCCAUGUAGGAACGAGACAGCACUUUCCCCCGACCUGCAUUUGGGUUUAAAGCUUAGUUACAUGGGCCAUAGGCUGCAGUCCUGCGUGUGCUCAAGUCACCAGGUACCUCAAAGAACGUGGGGGCCUCGUGCAGUUUGCUGUGGCCAGGGCUUCUGCAAACGUUGUGAGCAAGGCCGGCGGGACUGUGGCCAUACCUCAUCAGGUGGUUGUGGAUGGGAGUCACACACCCCGUAUCUAAUGCAGCAUUUUGGAUAUCUAAGGACUUAUUUUUCCAUACAUGCUACACACAUUCCUAUAUAUUUUAUGAAUCAGGUCUGUGAUCAAUGUUUUGAAUAAUUUGUUUUCUGCAGUUUCAUGGGGUUACUAUCUCCUCAGUUUGCAAUGUAAAUAAUAUUGUACAUCUGCUAUUUUAUGAUACAAAUGCCAUGUGAAUUGCUUAUUUUUAAAAUGUUAUAGCUCUGUUAUGGUUUAUUUACAAUGCCAUCUUACAGUAUUGUUUAAUAUACAAUGUAUCUAUAUGGCAUGAAGUAAACUGCUUAUAUUUUACAAUGUCAAAUAUUUUAUUUUUGUUUUCUAAAAUGACUACAUUUCAUCCUAUGCAGUUUCUUAAAUGUUUCUUAAGUGGCUCAUUAUGUCUGGAAAUAUUGCUUCCUCUCCAGUAGUGCAGGCACAAGAACCAGUAUUCCUGAUCAAAAUCAGCAGAUAUAUCAUCUAGCUAUUUCAGAUUAGAAAUAUGUGUACAAAUAUGUAAGCAUUUAUAGUUAAUCAGAACAUCUACUGUAUCUUCCUUGCUUUUCAUGUAAUGAUACAUUUUAAUCAUUUUGUACACUUUUUAUUUGUAAUUAUUGUGAGUCAUACACAGUGUAAAUAACGUUUCAUUAUGCAAGAUUUCUGGGUAUUCAAGAUUACAAAAAAGGUGAAUUUGUAUGUGAAAAUAAAUUGACAGUAGAUCGGAAUGACAUAAAAUAAGGUUGUGAUGACUAUGUUCUAUUUAUACUAUUCAUUUCCAAAUUGUCUGCCCUUUAAUGUCCAACCAGUUAUUUGCAGUAUAUUUACAUCAAUAAAUCAUGCAAAAGUCUAUUGAAAGUCA